UUAUCCUAUCUGUUGGUACAAGUCAGUGUUAGUGCAAUAGCACAAGUGAACAAGCUCGAACGCAAAAGACUGAGAGUCCCAUAUCCAUGGCGAGAGCUCUUCUAUCUCUUUCUUCAACCUCACAUGUUACCAGACCAACCCCUUCUUCCCCAUUCAAGGGAAAUGUUGGGAAUUUGAAGGCAAACCCAUGUCAAAUUCAGUUCCUCAGAGUCAAACUCGACAAUUUAUGCAGAGAGAGAAGACAACUGAUGGUUGUGAAUAAGGCAGCUCGGACCGAAGCCGCGACUUCAUUGGAGAGCAGUGUUCGGUUCCGGCUCAACAAUCUGGGUCCUCAACCCGGUUCGAGAAAGAAAGGAAAGAGAAAAGGAAGGGGUAUAGCGGCUGGACAAGGAAACAGCUGUGGGUUUGGGAUGAGGGGCCAGAAGUCCCGCUCCGGACCUGGCAUUCGGCGAGGCUUCGAGGGAGGUCAAAUGCCGCUUUACCGUCGUAUCCCGAAAUUGAGAGGAAUUGCUGGAGGCAUGCGCGCUGGAGUACCUAAAUAUCUCCCCGUGAACUUGAAAGAUAUAGAAGCUGCGGGAUUUCAAGAAGGAGAUGAAGUAUCAUUGGAUACUUUAAAGAGCAAAGGAUUGAUUAACCCAUCAGGAAGAGAAAGGAAACUCCCUUUGAAGAUACUUGGUGAUGGGGAGUUAAGCGUGAAGCUGAACAUAAAGGCCCGUGCCUUUUCAGAACAAGCAAAGGAGAAGCUUGAGGCUGCUGGCUGCUCCCUCACUGUAUUACCUGGACGGAAGAAGUGGGUAAAACCAUCCGUAGCGAAAAACCUUGCCCGUGCAGAUGAAUACUUCGCCAAGAAAAGAGCUGCCGCUGCCGCUGCCGCCGCCACUGAUGCAACUGAACCAGCUACUGCUUGAGCGAUCACAGUUUAUACUCUCUUUUGGUAGCCAAGCAGAAACUAAUCCACAUAUUGCUCUUUAACGCUUUCAUUCUUUUUUUGGAGUUUUGUAGUACUUGCUAUUGUACAUUUUUUUUUUCUUUUCUCUCCAUCUAGGCUGUAAAAGUUCCAACUGAAAGUUCUGUACUGGUUUCAGACUUAGAUUGGUAAUCACCUCUAUUUAGUUAAAAAAAAGAACUGAAAAUAGUAUGUGUGUGAA